AUGGAUUUAUGGGACAAAGAUUAUCAGAAAGCUUUACAAACGGGAAAAGAUAUAAAGAAAUUAUUAAAGCAAAGUGAGAAAGAAAAAAAGAAAGCUAAAAAUAGAGCAAUAUUGAGAGGUAAAAUAACAGAAUUUAAUCAGAGUGUAAAAUUUCUUGUACACCAAUUAAGUAAUGAUUAUAUAAAGAAUGAUAAGCAUUUUAUAAAAAAUGAAACGAAAUAUAUGAAUAAAGUGUCAGCAUUAGAAAAGGUGAAAAAGGAAAUAGGUACCUUAUAUGAAGAUUAUGCAUCAACAAAUGAAGGGGAGAUUUCUUUAAAUAUGAAUAUGGAACUUUUAAACGAAUUUGAAAAUGAAGAGAAUACAUAUUUGAACGAUUUGAAUAAAGAAGAGCUGUUAUUAAAACAAAACAAAUUAAUGAAGUUACAAGAUGAACAAUUAAACUUCCUAGAAGGUACAACCCAUAAUUUAAAAAAUAUUAGUUAUAAUAUAAAUAGUGAAAUACAAGUACAUAAUGAAUUAUUAGAUGAUAUUGAUAGAGAUAUGGACGAAACCAACAAUUUAUUAGACAGAAAUAGAAAUAUUUUUGAAAGGGUUACUAGUAAUACAAGUAAUUAUUUUUUAUAUUUUUUAAUUGUUAUUUUAACAGCAAGUCUUAUAUUCUUUAUAAUGAUACUCUAA